UGAGAAUUUAGCUUUUUAAGGUAUCUAAUAACUUCAGUUCUUAUAUUUGGCUUCUCGCAGGAUGCUUAAUCUCAAAUACUCUACAGCCAUUGUUACCCAAAGAUUGGAAUCAGUGAAUAUUUCUGGAAAAGCUAAUGCUGUUCUAUGUGCUGCGAAAGGCCCAAGACCAAGAUAUCCACGAGUAUGGAAAACUAAGAAGAGAAUAGGCACAAUCUCCAAGUCGCAAAAGCUUGUUGAAUGUAUAAAGGGAUUGUCAAAUGUCAAAGAGGAAGUUUAUGGGGCUCUUGAUUCUUAUAUUGCUUGGGAGUUGGAGUUUCCUUUAAUCGCCGUAAAAAAAGCUUUGAAAACCCUAGCAAAUGAAGGAGAGUGGAAGAGGAUAAUUCAGGUGACAAAGUGGAUGUUAAGUAAAGGUCAAGGAAGAACAAUGGGGAGCUAUUUUAUGUUGUUAAAUGCUUUAGCACAAGAUGAUAGACUUGAAGAAGCCGAAGAACUUUGGAACAAAAUAUUUUCUGAAAAUCUGGAAAGCUUGCCUCGCGUUUUUUUCAACAAAAUGAUUUCAAUUUACUAUAGCAGGGGCAUGUAUGAGAAAUUGUUUGAGGUAUUUGCUGAUAUGGAAGAGCUUGGUGUCAAGCCAAACACUUCGAUUGUCUCAAUGGUUGGGAAGGUGUUCCAGAAGCUGGGAAUGUUGGACAAAUAUGACAAGUUAAUGAAGAAAUAUCCUCCUCCAACUUGGGAAUACCGAUACAUCAAAGGGAAGCGUGUUAAGAUUCAAAUAAAGGACUUGAAGGAUUUUGAUGAUGGGGGUGGUAAGGAUCUAGCUGAUUUUGAAGAAGAACUUGAGAAUGAUUGCAAUGAAAUUGAUGAGGAAGGUGUAGAGAGUUCAAAUGAACCCAAAGAUGAAGCUGUUACCAUAUCAUCCUGAUAAGUCUUCUUUGAUACUGUACUGAAUACCUCGCCAAAAAAAUAUUGUUAUAUAUUACCAUUUACAUUUUUGUAAUCUAUCUUUACAAUUAAUUGAAAGGAAAAUCUUAUUGUAACCAAAGUGGUGAAUUAAGAAAUUAUAACCUUACUUUCUUGCC